AUGGAUGAAAGCCCAUCUCUAAAGAAAAAGAGUUACGAGCAGUUGGUAGUCAAUGUUAUAUACGAGACAAGACCAAUUAUCCCGGCUAUUAAACUUGAAAAGAAACAGAUUAAGAUGACCCGACCCCCAGACACUGUCCCCUGCAUAGUGACCGUUACUGAAGAAGAAGCAGAAGACAAAGAAAAAGAAAAAGAGAGCAUUGUGGGUGAAACUGAUCCACUGGAAGAAGAUGAAACGAAACAUCAACAAGAUGUGGCCCUAAAAAAUGGCCAUGCCGAAACCAGUAAAGAGGCAGAUAAACCUGGCAGUAGGCUAACAGUUCAAUUUGCUGAACAAUCGUCAACUAGAAGAAGCAGUCAAAAUGUCAUGGAAUUUUUCGAAGAACAGGAAAAAUCCUUUAGAGAACAAAUGAAGUUACUUCCUAAACCAAAGAAACAUCGAUCCCCCAGUCCGAGUCCAUUACGUCAAAGUGUUGGAUUAGAUCAUCUUGACAAUCUAGUCAGAUUGAUGGAACAACUAUCUACACUACGGAAUGAGAACUCCAGACUGAAGAAUCGAUGUGAGUAUUUAGAAAGUACCAAAGAUUUACUACAACUCAGAUCCACCAUUGCUGGUCAGAUGCCUGUAGGCUAUUCAUCCUUGCCUAAACCAAAGGCUAAAUUGAGGAAAUCCAACACUGACCCUGAAAGUCAUGACCAGCGCAAAACAAGGCAAAGUCGUUCCAGACUAAGACAACAAUUAAAUGUAGAAGAUGAAGAUAUUGUGGAAUCUUCAUCUGAUAAAAGUCAUAAAAGACCUAAAGCAGCAACAUUAUAUAAACGUAGCUAUUCUACUGGCUCAAUAGAUGUACCAUCAGAAAUCAUAGAGGAAGAAGUUGUUGGUAUCACUAAAUCCUCCAAAAUACGCAAAGAAAUUACUAAACAUAAGAAAAGUAAGAGUUCCAAAUGGGCACGUGUUAAAAAAGUGUUUUAUGAAGAUUUAGGCUCUAGUAUUAAAUCUUUACGUGAGUUUGGUAAAGGUGCUACACAAUUACGUUAUACUGGUAUUGGUUCUCCAUCAGAACUAAGUCCACCUACUCCUAGAGGACAUGAAGGUAGAUCACUGGAUAGUGGGGUGAGCAGUAGUAUGGAUGGUCAAGGUUUACGAAUGUCGACAUCGUCAACUGAGGCUCCGAGUCCAUCUCGCUCACCCAAUCAAACAGCUGAUAUUGACCUGUGUACGGAUGUGUGGAUGGGACCUCCUGAAUGGCUACAGAGACAGCGUGAGGAGCGUGGAGAAAGUAGCUGUUCAGGAGUGAGUAGUGACGUUAGCUCUGUUAUCGAAAUCAAAAGUAUUUAUUUAGGUAAAGACUCAACAGGAAGUGAGAAAUAUUUAAAGGUGAAACCCAAAUUAGCGCGGAGACGUUCUAGUCCUACUCUAGUAUCAGAAUCAGGUGUUAUUGAUGAUUCUUUGGAAGUAGCACAAGCUGUACCAUUACAUCGAUCAUCUAGUUAUAAAUCAGAAACUGAUUCUGUUAUUUUAACAGAUGAUGUAUUAACUGUGCGUUCACUCGAAAGAGAAUCCAAGAAACAAAAAACUGCAUGGAAACGUGUGAAGGAUAUUAUUCAUAUUCGUAAGGACAGCACUAAGAAAAAGAAACAUCGGAGUGAUCAAGAUGGAAAUCGCAGUGAAGAAACAUCAGAAAUUGAUAUGGAAGCUUUAAGGGAAGAACAUUUUGGAGCUGAAAUAUUUGGUGAAGGUGUUAUUAGUCGUUCCACACCAAAAACAUCUCCAAUCAUUGUUCGACCAUUAGGACCUAGUCAUAGUGAUUUAGCUUAUAUUAAAACUCCACUCUCAAGAUCUCAAGGUGGACCUCCUAGUCCAGGCAUGGAUUUAGCAGCUUUGAUGGCUUCUGGAGUAAGUGAUGAAUUUAACAAGAAACUACAGGAGUGGGAAGAUAGGAAGUCUAGGAAAUCUAUACCAUCUUCAAAAGGAGCUGUUGAUGAAAGUGACACAUUUUCUCAAGACUCUUCACGUUCCAGUGAGUUGGAUAGAUCAAAAGGCAGAGAAACAUUAAGGAAACACAGUGUUGAGAUAUCUGAAGAAUCCAGAAAACCUGGUGAUGUGACAUCAGAUGAAGACACAUCAGAAGAUAUUCUAACUGCUGAUACCACAGGUGCCUCUGUCAAUGUGGACGACUUACAGAGACGUAUUACAGAGAGUUUUAGUCGUAAAUUACAAGAAUGGGAACGUAUUAAGUAUCGCAGAGAUACUAAAGAAGGAGAGAAGAGUCCUGAGAUUCAAAGAAAGGAGAGCAAGAUAAGAAGAGAAGAUCGAGCCAAAAGUAAAAAAUCUCGAGAAGAACGAGAAAAGGAAAAAAUGGACAAAUUACGCGAACGUGAGAUGCAAAAAGUUGAAAGAGAGCAAGUUAAAUUAGACAAAGAGAAGAUGAGAUUAGAAAAGGACCGAUUGAGAGCUUUAGAACGGGAGGCUAAAUUAGAAAAAAUGAAAGGAAGACUAAGUCAAACUGAUAGCGAUCCAAUGUUUAAAAAUCCUGUCCUUAGUCCACUAGCUGAAUAUAAAGUCACUGCUGAUUUCGCUCAUAAACUUCACGAAUGGGAAGUGAGAAAAGGACUGUCACAUGAUAUUUCUACUGCAAUUUAUUUAGAAGCUCAAAAACGCAGCAUUCAACAAGUUAGAGAAGGCUUACUAGAGUUACCGGUACCGCAACCAAAACAUGAACGUUCUAAAUCAGAUUCAGAUGUACCAUUACCCAUACCUGAUGCUGGUAUUAGUCCGGUACCAGUUCCAGAAACCAGUAUAUCUGAUGAUGGUAGAAAACCUCCGCCAUUAACAUUACAACCCUACUGGGGUACCCCAGAACCUUCACCAAUAGAAAAAACAUCUGAAUUAAGUUAUGGUGAUGACAAUACCAGUGUAACAGAAGAUAGUAUGAUCACUAGAUCAAAUAUUCAUAGGUGUAAAUAUGACAAUUUGUGCAUUUUUCAUAAAUCUUUUUUCAAUUUUCAUGCUAAAAUGAAAAAUUAG